GUCCACCCACCAUUUUCGCUUUUCGCCGACGAAACGCAGGAAGGAGCAUGGCGUCGUCGGCACUUGAGUCUAUCGACGUUGACGGGAUCAUCGAGAAGCUCUUGAGCGUCCGUGGCGCGCGACCAGGGAAGCAGGUGAACCUGACCGAGUCAGAAAUCCGCGGAUUGUGUGUGCACUCGCGUGAAAUCUUUCUGUCGCAACCGAUUCUGGUCGAGUUGGAAGCACCCAUCAAGAUUUGCGGCGACAUCCACGGACAAUACUACGAUCUCCUGCGAUUGUUUGAAUAUGGUGGGUUCCCCCCCGAUGCAAACUACCUCUUCCUCGGGGACUACGUGGAUCGUGGCAAGCAAAGUCUCGAGACUAUCUGCUUGCUCCUCGCAUAUAAGAUCAAGUACCCCGAGAACUUCUUCAUCCUGCGGGGGAACCACGAAUGCGCGUCGAUCAACCGCAUUUACGGAUUUUACGAUGAAUGCAAGCGUCGGUACAACAUCAAGCUGUGGAAGACAUUCACGGACUGCUUCAACUGUCUUCCCGUUGCCGCGAUUGUGGACGAGAAGAUUUUUUGCAUGCACGGCGGAUUGUCGCCGGAACUGAGUCAAAUGGAACAGAUCAAGCGGUUCGUCCGCCCGACGGACGUGCCAGACACGGGCUUGUUAUGUGACUUGCUGUGGAGCGACCCCGAAAAGGACAUUCUGGGGUGGGGUGAAAACGACCGCGGCGUGUCGUUCACGUUUGGUCCGGACAUUGUCGGCCAGUUCCUCAAGCGACACGACCUCGACCUCAUCUGUCGCGCCCAUCAAGUCGUUGAAGAUGGCUACGAGUUCUUUGCCAAGCGCCAGCUUGUCACGCUGUUCAGCGCGCCCAACUACUGUGGCGAGUUUGACAACGCCGGCGCCAUGAUGUCCGUCGAUGAGUCGCUCAUGUGUUCGUUCCAGAUCCUCAAGCCAGCCGAGAAGAAGCAGCGGUUCGCAUACCAAGGCAUGCCGGCGGGUGCUGGCGGUGCUGCUGCUGGUGGAGCAGCCCCUGCAGCUCAGCGACCUGCCACACCGCCGCGAAAGUAGACAGAGGACGUUCGACGAUGAUAAUUCAUACUAGCAUACAUACGAAGAACGAUCGAGCGACAAUG